AUGAGCUUUCUUUUCAGCGCCGCCGGGCUUUUCUUGACCCUUGCUUCCAUCUCACAAGCAGCACCUUUCGUAUACAACAAGAACUUGUUGCCUCGAAACAGUGUUCAAGCGACUCCUGGAUCAGCGAUCUACGACUACGUUGUUGUCGGAGGAGGUACUGCUGGUCUGGCGAUAGCGGCAAGACUCUCGGAAGACGGCUCGAGAAGCGUGGCAGUCAUUGAAGCUGGCACGUACUACGAAAGCUUUGGCAACACAAGCGAAAUCCCGCUCUUCGACUCUUCUUGGACUGGAAAAGACCCGAAAGACACAAAUCCCAACCUGGAUUGGGACUUUGUCACAGUCCCGCAGAAGGGAGUGUUCGGUGCAGAGAUUCACUACCCUCGAGGCAAAUGUCUGGGAGGUAGCAGCGCUCGUAACUACAUGGGCUAUCUCAGAGGCACCAAAGGCUCUUACCAACAGUGGGCUGACAUGGUAGGAGACAGCUCUUACACAUACGACAAAUGGUUGCCUUAUUUCCAAAAGAGUCUCGAUUUCACUCCCCCGGACAUGGCCAAGCGAGCCUUGAACGCUACACCGCAGUAUGACUCUGCUAGUCUCGGAACGGGUGGUCCGCUCUCCAUCACUUUCCCGAAUUACGCUCAGGCAAUGUCUUCGUGGGUCCAGAAAGGGAUGCAAGAAGUUGGUAUUGCAGUCAGCAAUGGAGUCACAAGUGGAGUCCUCAUGGGCUCGUCCUAUGUCAUUGCGACUCUCCAACACAAUCAGAAGCGCGAGUCAUCUGAGACCGCUUUCUUGACUUCUGCAUCAAGUCGUUCCAACUUGCAUAUCUACACCAACACCAUGGCCAAGAAGGUUGUCUUCUCCGGCAAAAAGGCAAAGGGUGUCCUUGCUUCGACCGGAAGUCAGCAAUAUACCUUGUCGGCAAAACGCGAAGUCAUCCUCUCGGCGGGAGCUUUCCAGUCACCCCAACUGCUGAUGGUCUCUGGUAUCGGCCCUGCUGCCACCCUGUCGAAGUACAAGAUUCCCGUCAUCGCGGACCGUCCUGGUGUAGGUCAGAAUCUGCAAGAUCAUAUCUUGAUGGGGCCCAGCUACCGUGUUAAUGUCAUCACUGCAUCGGCCAUGGCGAACCCUGCUUUUGCUGCUCAGGCCGUGGACCUAUUCAACACGCAACAAUCGGGUAUCUUGACCAGUCCCGUGGGCGACUUCGGCGGAUGGGAAAAACUUCCAGCACAUCUGCGAGGCAACUUCUCCUCGGCCACACGAUCGGUCCUUAACUCACUCCAGCCAGAUUGGCCUGAGAUUGAGUUUCUCAGUAUGGGAGGCUACCUGGGCUACCAAGAGAACGGAAGUCAACCAGCAGAUGAAUACAAUUAUGCUACUAUCGCCAUUGCACUUGAAGCCCCUCAAUCACGCGGUUCGGUCACUAUCAGCAGUGCCGAUACAAACGAUGCGCCCGUCAUUGAUCCCGGAUGGUUAACAAGCCCGGUCGAUCAAGAAGUCGCGUUGGCUGGCUAUAGACGCGUGCGCGAGAUCUUCGCUACAAAGGCCAUCGCCCCAGCCUUGAUUGGUCAGGAAGUUUUCCCUGGUCUUCAGGUCUCCUCGGAUGCCGACCUGCUCCAGCUGAUCAAGCAAUCUGUUGGCUCAGUCUUUCACGCUUCGUGCACCUGCGCCAUGGGUAAAAAGGGUGACAAGAAUGCCGUUGUCGAUUCGAAUGCCAAUGUCAUCGGCGUUACUGGACUUCGUGUGGUCGACGCCAGCUCUUUCCCCUUCUUACUUCCAGGGCAUCCCAUGGCUACAGUUUACGCCUUGGCCGAGAAGAUUGCCGCUCAGAUCUUGCAUUCGUGAUCGCCGGAUCGUCAUCGGAAUUGUGAAGGAUGUUGACAGUCUGGGUUGCGAAUCCAGGGAGCUGAUUGAUACACGGAGUUUUGGUGCUAAGUAAUUGUAUACGGUU